CUUGCAUUGUGGCAUGAUAGGGAAACCCUCAUAGUCGUCCACAAAGACUAAGGCAUCCUAAAUACAUUGCAAUAGUCUGCCCAUCCUGUCGGCAUAGUCGCGAAGCGCCAUUUAAGAUCCUCCCAAAAAUCACGCGCACUCUCCAUGUAGGUGAGAUUGGUACGUAAACCUGGCUCAAUCGCGGUCAUCAUCCAUCCCACGACUCCACGAGCAUCGAGUUCACGGUGUCCCAAUCUUCCAAAGUCCUGUAUGUUGUCGUCUGGUCGUUCGAUCCUACCAUCCAUAAAACUCACCUUUCUUUUCGCACGAAAGGCAUUUUUCAUCAUCUUCCUCCAUUCGCGAUAGUUACUCUAGCCUUUGAGGGUUACCCCGCAAAUGAGCAUUCCAGGGAAAUUGAAGCUUGCCAUGUAAUACGGAGACGGAGGAUCAUUGAUCUUCUGUUGCAUCCGUUCGGUCGUUCGGUUGCCAGUAGAGUUGGCUUCAUCGUUUGACAUGGUGUUCUUGGCAAAAAGGUAUAAACGUAGAUUGUUUAACCUGCUCUGAUACCAAGAUAAAUUAGGAAUUGAGAUACAAUAGGAAGCCGCAGUAGCUCUCAAUUAGCAAGCCGCAGUAGCUUCCACGCAGAGCAUGAGCAUUAUAAAAAGGAACAAAUAUGGCGAAGCAAUUUGGCCUGAGAUUACAAAGCAAGAUGCCAAGUUGGGUCGGUCUUCAUCCUUCACCCCCCUUACCUGCGACAACCACCAUUUCAGUCUGCCCUUCUUCUUCUGCUCGUAGGACAUCACCACCAGUAGUUAUUCGUAGAAGAGGAGGCUGCUGCUUUGGGUUCAAGAAUAGUCGUAGGGCGGUGGUGAUCGGAACAGGUGUCUUCAUGUCUGCCAAAUUCGGAGGGAAGUCUUUCUUGGCCGCUUCUUCUUUACAAAAGAAGGGUGCAAUUCAGGAGGUGCUGAAGAAUGUGAGCUGGCCUGAGCAGUUCCCUUUCAAGGAAGAUGAUUUCCAGCGGUUUGAUGAGUCAAAGGAUUCGUUGUUCUAUGAAAUGCCUCGUUUGGUGAUGCAUAUUGAUGAUCCAGCCAUUGCUGCACUUACUAGAUAUUACUCCCAGGCUUUACCUCAUACUAAUUCCCCAGGAGUAGCAAUCUUGGAUAUGUGUAGCAGUUGGGUCAGUCACUACCCUGCGGGAUAUAAGCAAACAAGCAUUAUUGGAUUGGGCAUGAAUGCAGAAGAGCUAAGGCGAAACCCAGUGCUAACAGAUUAUGUGGUGCAAGAUUUGAAUACCAAUCCCAAACUCCCAUUUGAAGACAACACUUUUGAUGCCAUUACCAACACGGUUAGCGUUGAUUAUCUAACAAAGCCUAUUGUUGUUUUCAAAGAGAUGUCUCGCGUUCUUAAACCUGGGGGAGUUGCGAUUAUAAGUUUCUCAAAUCGAUGCUUUUGGACCAAGGCAAUAUCAAUAUGGACAUCAACAGGAGAUGAUGAUCAUGUAAUGAUAGUAGGCUCGUACUUUCAUUAUGCCGGUGGCUUUGAGACCCCUGAGGCUGUGGAUAUUUCUCCAAACCCCGGGCGCUCAGACCCUAUGUAUGUUGUUUAUUCAAGAAAGCGAACAACCCAAAAAGGUGGACAGUAGAUAUUCUCGUUGCGCAAGGAUGAGAUUUUCUGUGAAGACAAUUUCUGAAUCCAUAUAACCAGCUAAUUUCUUCAAGACAAGUAGGAUUUUCUGUCCUAGCUAGUAGCUAUAGCACUCCCUCUUCAUACUUGUCAACAGUUGGAUCAAAGAAUGCAUUAAUGAUCAUGCACGCGUCAAUGUUUGUAUAUUAUGCUAGCAAGUUGGAUGACUCAGAGCUAGCAAGAGAGUGGAGUUCUUGUUAUGCUAGGUCAGAUUUGCGCGAUGGCAUUGCCGCCAUAUCCUUUGCGGUGCACCAGAUCGAUUAUUUCCCUUGUAUGUAUUUGUAAUGGUUACUCCGGAGUCCGAGGAUGGAUGGGGUGGGGAGUUGCUUUUAUUCACGUACAUUGCUUUCUCUAAUACUUGUAAUAAAUACUAGCAAGACAUUUGCUCCCCUUCUAGAUUUUAUUUUCUAUUUCAUAUAUAUAGUCGAUCCAGAGACCAUCAUUUGGGGCUUUGAUGGGUGGAUACUUACUUGAUGGAUGGCUCAUAAUACUACGAAUGUUUUUGUGCAAUGAAGAUGCUAUUAUUUGUAACUUUAAUACAGA